CAGAAUCAAAAAAAUAAUCGCAGUAAAAAACCCCAUACUCACCACAAAACCCAAUCAUUGAUUUCUCGAUUCCUACUCCCAACAUCCGAAAUAAAAACCAAACCCCCACCAAAAUGUCCACAACCACACCCGAAGAUAUCCAAACCCGGCGCGAAGAAGACUACGCCCGCUUCAAGAACUACGCCGCCUACACAUUCCUCGUCGCAUCCCCAAUCUUAAUCGCUCUCCCGCCCCGGAAACUCGACCACCUGACUGUGCUCCUCGGCACUGCCUUCGCCUUCUCCGCGAACCAUAUCACCUACGACCGCACGGGGCGGAGUAUCGUCGACCGCGUGCAUUCGAAGAUAUCCUCCGGGCGGACGAUCGUGCCGAGUGGGUUGCCCAGUGAGCGGGCGUUGGAGAUCCAGGCGCGGUUGCGCGCAUCAAGGGAGAAGCAGUUGCGGGAGGGAGGACUGACGACGGAGGAGAUUGAGAAGCUGAGGGCGAGGGAGAUGCAAGAUAAGGGGGUUAUGGAGAGGGUGUGGAUGGGUGGGGAGACGGAGGGAUGGAAGGAGAGGAGAUUGAGGGAGGAGCAGGAGGCGUUGGAUUCUGGGAAGGGGUAUGGGGAUUUGAUUAAGGAGCAUAUUUGGGAUGUGUGGACUUGGGGGAAGAAUGAUGGAGAAGGGAAGAAGGAGUGA